AUGGUCCAGUGCUACUGCUGUCCUGCUCCAGAGCUGGUCUUAAGGAAAGUGAUCAACUUUGCUGACUGUACAUUGUGCUUGGACAAGCGGAAUGCUAGUGGCAAGAUCGACUUUUACCAGGACCCGCUUCUGUACAAAUGCUCCUUCAGAACCCGUCUUCAUUUUACCUAUGAAAACAUCAAUUCCAAGAUCCCAUCCGUCAUCAAAAUCCACACAAUGGUUGAGAGCUUGAAACUGUCCAUUACUGAUCAGCAGCUGCCCAUGUUUAUCCGCAUUUUGGAGCUCAUAAUUGCCCUCUACUACGGGGAAAUCGGAGGACACAAAGAGGGGGAGGAAGAAGAGGGAAAUGUGAAAGUCAGAGAGGCUGGCAACAUUUUACCUGGAAUGGAUGAGCUAACGGUGUUGGCUAGAAGAAGCAUGAGUGACAGAGAGUAUGGACAAUCUGCACAACACAGGCUUGCACCAUCCCAUCAGUUUGGUGGGUAA